AUGCUCGGCCCACGACUCUGUGCCCUGGGCAAGUGGAAGGGCGUGCUACAUGCCGCGCCACGAGGAUUGACGCCACGCCUGGUGCGGUAUUAUACUCCUAGUGAUGCGCCGUCCGGGGCAGUUGGGGACAAGCCAGUCGCCACUGAGCUCCCGGACUUUCCUGCGAAGACGCCCAAAACCUGGCGCGAGAAGUCGAAACCGAUCAAGGGGGGAAGGCGGCGCGGCUCCGCCGCGCGGGGACCCAAUGCCUUGUCGGGCCCGCCGUCUUCGUUGGGCGCCAAUGCCAGUUCCGUUGAGCCGAAGCGCUCCCCCUCUAAGGAGGGAAGUUUUAAGCCCAAGCCUUGGCUUAAUCCGAGUGCGGGCGACAAGCGGCAGACUGAUCGGCCCCAUGGCUUUGGGCUGGAACCGAGCAAGCACGAACUUCCAUCGAGGACAGUCGCAGGGAGAGUCAAGCAGGCCAAGACGAUUGCAUGGCAGCACGACAAGUUCUUCAAGGCUCACAGCCGGAGCAUAGAUUACUUGGAGAAGUCUUCAGAGAGGCGAGACCGGGAGACAGCUGCGACUUACCGCAAGUCGCUGGCAUCUAUGGCUGGGCGGCUCGAGGUCAUCCUGGAUUCGCUGGAGAAGGAUAUGCCGCCGGCUGAGUUCGAGAAGCUUACGGGGACGUUGGGACGUGCCAGGGAGCAACAGAAUCUGUCCCGAGCGAGUCGCGCGGAAGGACAAUACCCCGAAGACUUGAGGUACCGUCAAGCGUCGCCACAUGUGGCUCCCUUGAGCAAUGCCACCACCACCCGACCAAAGAGCGUUGCACUGCUCCGGUUCGAAGCUGCUCGCAAAUGGGCGCUGACCGCCCAGCGGCAGGCUGAGCGGACGGCGAGGCUCGCGACAUUAAAUGGGGCUACGGAGGAGGCCAAGAACAAGGCGAACGUGUUUGCCUCGGCUGCCGCUAUGGCGAUGGAAGAUUUCCAGGACAUGCGCGAGCAGUUGAAGGACGUCCUCAGCCCGGCUGAGUUGCGCGACAUUGAAGAUACUGUCGAUGAGUACGACAGCACAAACUUGUCCAUACAAGAGGACAAAGAAGUGGUGGCUAGCACGACGAGCCAGUACUUCAGGCGUGAUGGACGAUUCGAAUCUGAAAUCGAUGGUGACUUGAGUGCCAGCGACUUCCCUGUCAGGCCCAUUGCGCCUCCUCGCGAGAACAAUGUUGCAAGGCUGGCCAAUAACCUGCAGCGCGUGCUUUUCUCCCCAGGAGUGCACUACGCCCGUGACCCCCGGACCGGCGUAUGGAACUUUCCCCCAGAGUUGGCCAACAUUCCAACGCCCGAGGAGUUCAACUUUGACACCCUUCCCGACUACAUUACAGCCAGCAAGGAUCCUGAGCUGGCUGACCUGGCCCAAGGGGACGGCAUCAAGUACUCGGGUUCGACCUCGACCUUGACAAGCUCGUUCAGCCAGAUCUGGCUUACGCUCAAUGGCGGGCAGGGUGUCGACAUCAGUAAGCUCUCUCAGGGAUAUUCGGCGCGAAACGCCGACUAUACGCAUGGUGCUCAACUGCCGGCUGCCAUUGUUAUGUGGCCACAGCCCAACGGGCGCUACGCAAUCGACUCGGACAAGCGCUUCCAGACGAGCAACAACAUUCUGUCAGAAUAUGGCAAUAUCCUCGAGAAGAUUCUCACCACCGACGCUAGCGAGUGGUGGAAGUCGCUCAAGAACGUUCCCGAAGGCUUCACACCGCCGGGCAAGCCAACCGCGCGUGAGGCUUACGCCUACUCGCGCGGCGGCAAGGUCUUGAUGCGCUCCCAGCUCGACUGCCAGGACAACCGUCUUCCUGGUAGCGGGACGUUUGACAUCAAGACCCGUGCGGCAAUGCCAAUCCGCCACGACCGCGCCAACUGGGAGGCGCACAAGGUGUACGACAUCAGCGAAACACUCGGCCAAACCGCCACUUUUGAACGUGAGACGUUCGAUCUCACCCGCUCGGGCAUGCUCAAGUACUGCUUCCAGGCACGUAUCGGCGACAUGGACGGCAUCUUCAUCGCGUACCACAAUACGGCGCGUUGCUUCGGAUUCGAGUACAUGCCGCGCGCUGAGCUCGACACGCGCCUGUUUGGUGGGCCUGACAUUGGCGACCAGGUGUUCCAGCUUUGCAUUGGCUUCUUUGAGCGCAUUAUGGACCUCGUGACUCGUAUGUUCCCUGACCAAGCGGUGAGCGUGAUGUGGUUCCAAGCGCAACCACCACUCAGCGCUUUCCAGAAGGCACGAAUGGAUACGCGAACGGCCAGCGAACUCACCGUUGUCGUACAGCCCUUUGGCUGGAAAGGCGAGGGACUCGCUCCUACCCGAGCCAUGCGGAUCCAGAUGGUCAACAACGUUGACGGCAAGGACGUAUCUCCCAGCCAAGGCAUCAAGUUUUUCUCCGACUCCAAGGAGGAGCGUGCUAAACAGAAGUGGACUGUACGGUACAACAUUGCCAUGACGCCCGACACACCGGAGGGCCACGACGCUGCCCGCACACUCCGCUCCGAUGGUGCGCAGCGCCUAGCGGCGAUGAACGCGAUUUGUGUGCCGGAAGGCAAGACGCCCGCCGACAUGUAUGAUUCCAAGAAGCGUUCUCCAGUGGAGACUGAGACCGCGGAGGCGCUGGGCCACGGCACGCCCUCUCUUGAGGGCCCCAGCUCAGAUGCAACUGCCAGCUCCCCUGCCACUUCCGGCGCCGCCAGCGCCGUCCCCGCGGCCGCUGGAUACGACGACCUCGACUACGCGACGAUCAAGUGGGUGGAGCCGAACUCAAGGAUAAUCAAACUUCGUGCGUUAUCAUAUGAGACGGGGAAGGCAUACGAUGAGCGUGCAGCCAAGUGGAACGCACAGAUUCAACAGAUGAAGGCAACGGAUCCGGAACCUGAGGUCCAGCUGGAGCCGUACGUCAUCCCCGGCUACGAGUUUCAGCCCACACAGUGGCGCGAGCGCAAGUCAGACCCGCCAUUACCCGUCUCGGCUACUGAGAAGGAGAUGGAGGAAUUCGCCGAGACGGCGAGCAGCCGUGAGCAGGAGGAGGACGUUGCAGUGGACCUCGACGCGUCCGAGGAAGCCGAGACCUCACCGGACAAGUUCAAGCGCGAUCGUCCGCCACAUUACUUAGCUUAG